UGCUUCGUUGCACGUGUGGCCACGCGGAGGCGCGUUCUCCUUCUGUUUGUUUACGCUGCUAAGCCGGAGGGACCGCCUUACUGACAAUGUGCGAAGUGGAAUCAGGAAGUUGGCGUCGCGCGGAGCUGUCAGUUUCACGCUUUUGUUUUUCGGCUGUCGCGGUUGCAACUUUGAAACCUUUUCACGCUUAAAAAGUCAUUGCCCGCCCCCUCCUUCGCCGGCAGCAUCAGUAUCAUCAUCAGCAGCAGCGGCGGCAUCAGAUCGUCAGCAUCAUCCUCCGCCCGCUACGCGGAGCUGCCCGGAUCGCGCCGAAACUGCCCCCAAAGCACGCGGGGAUCCUCUUAUGCCGCUUUUUCUUUGCAAGCGGAGCGAACUGAGCUGCGUCGCGAGUCGUUCGUAAGCGCGGGGAGCGAUACCGAUGACCUCGGUUUACGAAGAGAAGGAGCCCAGCGCCCUGGGGCUCGCCGAGGAGCUCAGCGGGGUCACCUGCCAUGAUGAGCUCGACUUCGCCGACCUCUUCGAGUACGAGCCGCCCUGCUUCCCCGGGGACCAAGAUGAGUCUGUGCUCUCUCCGCACGUGCUCAGCUCUCCAUCCGGCGUGGCCUACCACCUCGAGGAGGUCACCUACGACAUCAAGUCCUGUAGCCCCUCCUACCACGAGCCCGCCGCAGACGGCCUCGAGAGCAGAGGCUACCUGGACCAGACCCGGCCGGGGGGUCUUGCGCUGAGCCCCAGGAUAGAGAUCACCCCCUCCCGCGAGCUCUACAACCAUGGCCGGGACUCCCUCCAGGCGCACCCGCUCAACAUCAGCCCCCGGCCCACUCUGACGGUCCCCGGCCACGACGGCCUGGCCUACCGGGAGCCACAGUGUCUGAGUCCUGCCAGCAGCAACUCCUCUACCAGCUGGCACUCGGAGAACUACUCCCCCUGGGCGUCUCCCUGCGUGUCCCCCAGCAGUGGCCAGGUGGCUGGUGACCUCUGCCCCCGCUUUCAGAACAUCCACACAGGCUCCCCGCGCACCUCUCCCGGCACCUCCCCGCGCACCAGCAUCUCGGAGGAGGGAGGCCUGGGCCCGCGUUCCCCGUCACCGCGGCCUGGCUCACGCUCGGCCUCCCCGCAGGGCAAGCGUACCUACGACAUGUACAGGAAUCCUAGCCUGAUGCCCGGGCACCGCUCCCGCAGUCCGUCUCCGCACGGCGCCCGCGAAGAGUCCCGUGCUGCUCCGUACACCCACUCGCCCGGUCUCGUGGACGCUCUGAAUGGCUUUGGCGCAGGCCUUCAAGGGUCCAUCCCCACGAAGAUCGUCAAGACGGCCAACGCCCCCUAUGCACUGUACCGGGAGAACCUCCCAGAGAGCUAUGUGCCGCCCACUGACCCAGAUGUGAAGGGUCAGCAGGGGGCGGAGUCCUUUUUUGUUAUCCCACCCAUAUGGCCCAAGCAGUUGGUCCCUGGUUUCCCCAGCAUCCCAGUGUCCUCCCUGCCGCCACUGGAGUGGCCGGUGCCCAGCUGCACGGAUCAGUAUGAGCUCCGCAUUGAGGUACAGCCCAAGCAGCAUCACCGCGCCCACUACGAGACCGAGGGCAGCCGUGGGGCGGUCAAGGCUCUCAGUGGGGGUCACCCUGUUGUCCAGCUACACGGAUACCGCGGCAAAGACCCGUUGGGCCUGCAGAUCUUCAUUGGCACAGCCGAUGAGCGCAUCCUCAAGCCCCACGCAUUCUACCAGGUUCACCGCAUCACCGGCAAGACCGUCACCACUACCAGCUACGAGAAGAUCAUCAGCAGCACCAAGGUUCUGGAGAUCCCUCUGGAGCCCAAGAACAACAUGAAAGCCGUAAUUGACUGCGCCGGCAUCCUAAAGCUGCGCAACGCGGAUAUUGAGCUGAGGAAAGGCGAGACGGACAUCGGCCGGAAGAACACGCGCGUCCGCCUCGUGUUCCGCGUGCACAUACCCCAGACGGGCGGGCAGUGCGUGUCCCUUCAGGUGGCAUCCCAUCCCAUCGAAUGCUCCCAGAGGUCUGCCCAUGAGCUCCCGAUGGUGGAGACGCAGGAUGUGGACUGCUGCUCAGUGCUUGGAGGCCAACAGAUGAUACUUACUGGGCAGAACUUCACCGCCGACUCCAAGGUUGUUUUCACGGAGAAAACACAUGAUGGACAGCAGGUCUGGGAAGUGGAGGCCACAGUGGACAAAGACAAGAGCCAGGCUAGCAUGCUCUUUGUGGAGGUGCCUCCAUAUCGAGACCACUCCAUCUGUCAUGCAGCAAAAGUGACCUUCUAUGUGAUCAAUGGGAAGAGGAAGCGGAGCCAGCCACAGCACUUCACCUACACACCCCUAGCAGUUCCGUCCAUUAAAACAGAGCCCGUGGAUGAGUAUGAGUCUGGCCAGGUUGGCUAUGCGAUGCCCCAGAUCCUUGGGAUCCCACCCCAGCCAUACUACUCCAGCCCCCGGGGCCUUAUCCACUCUGAUGGAGGCUUGGUGCCCUGCCAGCAGGGGCGCACUAACCUCACGACUCCAGACUCCCGCUUCCAGCAACAGAGUCCGGCCAUCGUGUACCCACGGGGGGCCAAAACCCUGAGCGGCAGCCCCGUGCUAUACCAGCAGCCGCCUCGUGGAGGGGCUCCUGACCCACACCGGUCAGUGCUGGUCCAUGCUGGCUCCCCAGUCCAGCCCCCUGCUUCAGGUGCCCAGUCACACACCACCUCACCUGGGCAGCACCCCUCUAUCAUCCAGUUCUCACCCACCAACCACCUGUUGCGGGGGGCCCCCCCACCACCAGUGCAGGCCCAGCACGUGAUGUACUGCGAGAGCUAUGCCCCAGAGGCCUCGGUCCGCUCACCGGCCCCACCACCAGCAGCCCAUCCCCAGCACUACUCCACGGUCAUCCAGCAGCAACCCUACGUGCAGAAGAUGGCCAAGAAUAGAGCCUCGCCGGGCGAAAUGGACCCCCAGGGUUGCCCUGCUCCUGAGGAGCCAAGGAGGGUCACCAUCAAGCAGGAGAACCUGGACCAGGCCUACUUGGAUGAUGUUAACGAAAUCAUAAGGAAGGAUCUGACGGGGGUCCAUGGAAGGGGUCAGACAUAGAGGAAGGACCUGUCCAGGAUGUAUGGACCUCAGGAGCUCCUCUUGGGCAUCGCCUCAGAGAGGAGUCGUCCUCCACCUCACCCUCAGCCCCUCCCUAAUCUCCUCCAGCCGUUCCCCAAUUCCUGCUCCGCUUGGCUUGCCUCGCCUCACCUCAUCUCACACUUUUUCCACAAGGACGGAGCCCUGGCCAGACUCUUUCCCUGACUCUGCCCCACUUUGUACUUUUUCGUACAAGAAACAUGACUGCCUUAAUAUGACUGCACCAGUGUCUGGGUUAUUAAAUUAAAGUUUUGAUCCGAGCAUUACACUCCUGUCUGCACCAAAGAGAUCCGUCAACACCAUCAUCUGAAAGCAGAUGAAAGACUGGUGUUUCUUGACAAAGGCUGGAAGGUCAUCUAGACUGGACUGGACUGGACCAGGCUCAUCUACUUCAUAAAGCUUUCUCUGAUGUUUUCUUCCAUUGUCCAGUUAACCCUUGGCUUGAUUUUGAGAGAGCUUUCCAUUUUUGAUGGUCCCAAAAUUGGGUGGCCCAUUGUAAUUAUUUAUAAAACAAUUUAUGGUGUGGUACAAUUUUAACCAAUGUCAAAAGGCUUAUUUCUGGUGUGUAGAACUUUUUUACCUGAAAUGACACAACAUCAUUCUAGGCAAAUACACCACAGAUGCACAAAAUUAGAUUUUUAAAACAUAAAAUUCAGCGAAACUGCUGAUCGUUAAUGUUAUGUGCUCAGAUGCAUGGUGUAGAGGAUGUCAUGAGGCCUUAUGACAAUCAGAUAAAAGAACCUGUAUUAACAACAGAUAAAAGCAGUAAAUGGCUCGUGUUUGACCAGAACACAACCCAAGGGUUAACAGGCAAAUUCAAGAGUGAUGUAGGAGGGCAAAGAAAAGCACACCUGACACUUGACUGUUGUCUCAGAAGCACCUCUGGGUUCACUGGGUGUUUCUGCACAUCUGCAUUGCCAUGAUAACCUUCUCUGGGGGUCUGAUGUGUUUCACAGCUAUAUGCCAAUGGAUCACAAUGAAAGAUGAUCAGUGAAAACUGUAUCUUCCUUUUGUAGUUAGAGUUCUUGUCUUUUUUUAAAUGUUCAGAAGGAAAAUUUUCCAUGGAAUCAGACAUGUUUCAGAAUAGUUAUGUUGUCAUGCGUUCUUUGUGUGUGUGUGCCUGGUCCGUAUAGGCGCAUCAAGGCACUGGGGGUCAACCAGCCGUACGACACGGCAUCCUCUAAGCCAAAUGAAAAUCAGGAAGCUCUGCAUCUGUGACCAGCUCUGAGGACACGUGUGGGGAAAGCCAUUUACACCCUUGCUUCCAUCCUCUCUGGGGAAGCAUCUGGAGUAAUCUCUACACCUUCUGCAUCUGUGUUUACAUUUGAGCAGUGAAAUGCUUUAUGGGUCUCUUCUCACACUAGUACAGGAAAAGCACCAAAAGGCCACGUCCACAGAGCUGCAACGCCAGCCAGAUUUGUUUCAUUAAAUGCAGAGUAAAUUGAUGUCAGACCUUAACAGCAAGAAAACAUUGUACUCAUAUACUUCCAACACAACUGGAUGUUCUGUUAUAUCUGUUAUAUAUGCACAGGCUGCCUUCUGCGUUCCGGACUUUCUAGGAGAAAUACCUCUUUUUAUCUGCUUGUCCAUGGUCCAGCUCUAGAAAUCUGACCCAGAGGAGCACUUUCCUUGUUCCUGCAAGAAUUUACUCACCAAACUUUCAGUUUAAAGCUCAGUAGCUGAUUAUUAAUAGUGAGAGUGGUCAAGGAGUUUCUUUUUUACUGUUAAAUUUAGCAGCAGUGAGGAAAAAUUGUGCGACACCCCCCAAAGAUGUUCUUUGUUUGAAGAAUUUUUAAUGAGGCCCAAAGAAGAAAAUGGUAUCACCUUUGCAGGACUGUGCAAAUGAAGCAAUAUUUCAUUGAAAAGCUUUAUACUGGAAAUGUAAUCGCACAGAAAAUGUUGCCUUAUGUUCAUCAGAAUAAGAAUGUAGACCUUUGUUUCUGCGUAGCUGGAGGCGAAAGGACUACCAAAGAUUGUAAUACAUGAAAUUUUUGUUGAGUCUUAAUUUAUUCCUUGACCUCGAUUCAGACAUUGCUCCUGAAAUGUCUCGAGAACUUCUAUGCACAUUAUAUUUGUUCUGUAUCUAGAAUGUCGGAAGCCUCAAAUCCUUGCACUGUGCACUCAGUUGUACUGCAUGCUUGCUUCUUGUCUUUUUUUUUGCUUUUAUAUUGACAUUGUGUUGUGAAAAAUGUAACAAUUUUUCAUUUUUCUGUAGAGAAUUAGGAAAGGUUCAUCCAAUGUGCUAAUUGUGUAACUUGGAUUUUUGCUUUUUGCUUUCCUUGUUGUGUGCCUUUGUGGAAAUAGUAGAAAUUGUGUUGUACUCUGACCAUAGUGAAGAAGUCGUCAUCCGAGAGAUUUCCCCCGGUUCAGUUAUACGUGUAAUAAAACUGAUCACGUUCAAUUAAUGAUGACUAUGACAGUGGAAAUAUGUUAGCCAAAACUGCUAUGAGUAAAAUAGCGGCUCAUCAGACAACAAUGUAAGAUGUUUUAAAGACUGUUCCUAUGCACUCAGCAUCUAUACAUGUUCAUGUUUUUCAACCAGGCUUAAUUAUUUCUCAUUAUGUAUUAUACUCUUGCCAGGAUAACUGUAUGACUAAGUCCUGCCACUAAAUGUUUAUAUAUAAAUAUAUUUUGAAAGUUACAUGCUGAAAACUUCUAUUGAUGGUUUAUUAGAUUUCUAACAUAUCUGAGAACUGCAUACAUGUACAGUUUGAAAGCAGCUAUUUUAUAAGAAGUCUCAGAUGUAAAACAUAUUUAACUGAUGGAAAAGUCUAAAGGUGCCAAAUGUUUAGCUUUUUUUACAUAAACACAGAAAGAGCUAUGUUUCAGUGUUAAGCUCUGGACUUUAUCGUGACAGCACGAUUGAAGGUCAUUACUUUCACUAGUGAGUUUCCUACAAAGGUGGGGGUUUUUUGUAAACAGAAUUGUUUUGGAAAGGGUGCCCCGAAGGCACAGUGCACACACGAUUUGAUGAUGAAUUAACAGUCAUUUUUAUCUCUUCUUGUUGAGCCAUCCUCAGUGUACAGUAGUUUUUUUCCCCCCCCCAUACCCUGAAUGUACACUUAAAAACA